AUGAACUCGGACACCUCAAACCCGGAACUUGAGUCUUUCCGGGAGCAAUGGAGAGCUGAAGUACGAGCAAAGCAUGAUGGGGCUGCUGGGCACACCCGCCGACAGCAACAACCACACCACACCACGGGAGCCGGGCCAUCCACUGCUCGCCCUAGAACCGCUUCCGCCGCACAGCCGCGGAGGAAGCCGCCAAACCCGACAGAGCAGGCGCCUGUACAAGAGCAGGACGACGACCAUGUCCACUCUCGGACAUUUGACGAGGCUGUGGCUGUAGCACCCGCCCCCCUAUCCCUCGAAAAAGAUGGGCCAGAUGCGGAGGAGAAAGGCGAGCCCGUUUCGGCCCUCGAGCAUUACGAGAGGGCAGUGGAAAGGGAAGCCGCAGGCAACCUGGGGGACAGCCUAAGACUGUACAGGAAGGCCUUCAGGAUGGACGAUCGGGUGGACCAGAAAUACAAGAACAAGCACUUCCCCAAGCAGCCGCCAAAGCCUGCCCAAGCAGUGUCUUCUACCGGUUCUCGGCCAGCAGCUGCCGGUGUUAACGCCCAGAUCGAACAGCCGCGGCCCAUGAAGGACCUCAUCGCCAGCUUCUCUCAACUAUCCAUCGCGCCAGCGCCUCCCGAGGUCGAGGGCGUACCGCCGCCCCGGUGCCACUUGGCUGAGAUCCCCGAGGAGAUUCUGGUACACAUCCUCUUCGACCUGGCAAUCCUCGACGUCGGCGACUUUGUGCGUGUGUCCCAGGUGUGCAAGCGCCUCGCCUAUCUAGUCGCCACCGAAGACCGCAUCUGGCGCCGCAUCUGCCUCGGCCACGAAUUCGGCUUUGGUGGCAUGCACUACUACUGGCAACGCCAAAUUACCUGGGAACCCCUCACGGAAGAAGACCUUAUCCGUGAGGCAACCGAGGCAGAAACAGCAGUAGCCGACCCAGCCGAUGCCGAUUCCGACCCCCCUCCGUUACCCCCUCUCACUUUGUCGGAGCGCGCCCAGAGGCAGGCGCAGGAAAGCGCCGCCAACACGCUCGCGUUCUACCAUUCCCUCUACUCGCGCUCCUGGCUGCGCAUGUUCCGUCUGCGCCCGCGCAUUCGUUUUAACGGCUGCUACAUCAGCACCGUCAACUAUCCGCGCUCGGGCGAGGCCAGCGCCAACCACGUAACCUGGGGCUCGCCCGUGCACAUCGUCACCUACUACCGCUACCUGCGCUUCUUCCGCGACGGCACCGCCAUCAGCCUGCUCACGACCGCCGAGCCGGCCGACGUAGUGCACCACCUGACCCGUGAGGCCGUGGCCCUCCAUCGCGGCGGUGCGAACCCGCACAUGCCGAGUGCGGUGGCCCAGACGGCGCUGAAGGGCCGGUGGAGGCUGGCUAGGGAGUCCGAUAAUCCGGGCGCGUCGCUCAGCGAGGUGGAAGGGGAUGUCAUGAUCGAGACGGAGGGCGUCAGCAAAUACAUCUACCGCGAGUUCGUGAAAACAGCAACCGACGCCAAGUCCGACAACCUAAUGGUGUCUCGCGCCGACACAGGAGGCGGCUCCGGCCCGCUUUCCUUCCUCACCGGCGUCUACGACCUCGACGCCCUCGACACGCGGUUUACGACGCCCUCGUCGGUGCCAUACAGGGCGCCAACUGGGAAGAGGGAGGACGACGCCAAGCCUGACAAGCGAGCGGAGCCGUCGAAAUGGGCCACUCCCGAGUUCUAUGUUUACUACUUGGUGUUUCUGACGGUGGUGCCGUACAUGUUCUGGAUCGCCUACGACGUGUCGAGGCCGUCGGACCCGAGAUAUUCCAAGUUUGAGCACCUCCUUUCGGAUGGCUGGAUUCCGGGUCGCAAGAUCGACGUAUCGGACGCGCAGUACCACACUUUCCGGACCAACCUAGCGUACAUGGCCUUGCUCCUGGUCUUCCACCCGCUGCUUCGGAGGGUUUGGAACGCCGUGUAUCCCGCUGCUCAAGAUGCGAAACCCGGGCGGACGAAGUCUCUUGAGGCGGCAGACGCAAGGCUGAACCAGCGCGCAUCAUUUGAUUACGCCUUUGCGCUCUUGUAUCUGAUCGCUUUGCACGGUUUCUCGGCUGCUAAGAUUCUCUUGAUUCUGGCUGUCAACUAUAAGCUUGCCACGGGGCUGCCGAGGAAGUACAUCCCCGCCGUGACAUGGUUAUUCAACAUCUGCAUUCUGUUUGCCAACGAGUUGUGCGAGGGGUAUAAGCUCCGUGACCUCGCGCUCCUCGUGACGGGAGCCCCCGCUAAAGCUGUGGCAGCGGAUACUUCUUCCCUGGUCAAGCUCGGCGAGUGGCUCGACAGCAACAGCGGGCUCAUGAGCCGCUGGGAGAUUCUUUUCAAUAUCACCGUCCUCCGCCUGAUCAGCUUCAACCUGGACUAUUACUGGAGCCUAGACAGGCAAAGCGCCAGCCCCGUCGAGAAACAACUCGACCCGGCCAACCUGUCCGAGCGCGACCGUAUCUCCACGCCGGCCGCCCACAAUGACUAUUCCUUUCGCAACUACGUCGCCUACGCUAUUUACGCCCCGCUCUACCUCACCGGCCCGAUCAUCACCUUCAACGACUACAUCUCCCAACAGCGCUACCAGCCGGCCACCCUCUCCCGCCCGCGCACCGUCCGGUAUGCCGUGCGCUUCGCCCUGGUGCUGCUCGCAAUGGAACUGGUGCUGCACUAUGACUACGUGGGCGCCAUCUCCAAAUCGUCGCCGGACUGGUCUUCAUACACACCCGGACAGAUCUCGCUGCUCUCCUUCUUCAACCUGCACAUCAUCUGGCUCAAGCUACUCCUGCCUUGGCGCUUCUUUCGCCUGUGGAGCCUGGCCGACGGCAUCGACCCCCCCGAGAACAUGCUGCGCUGCCCGAGCAACAACUACAGCACGCUGUCCUUCUGGCGCGGCUGGCAUCGUAGCUAUUACCGCUGGCUGCUGCGCUACAUCUACAUCCCCCUGGGUGGCUCGAGCUUCCGGUCGGGCGCUGAGGCCCUGCGCACGGUGGUCACGUACCUGGUGGUGUUUACUUUCGUGGCGCUGUGGCACGAUAUAAAGCUGAACCUGCUGAUUUGGGGUUGGCUUGUAGUGGUGUUUUUCUUGCCCGAGAUUGCCGCGAGCUAUCUGUUUCCGAGGAGGAAGUGGGAGAGCAGGCCGACGGCGUACAGGAUGCUGUGCUGUGUUGGUGGGGUCGGGAAUGUGCUGAUGAUGAUCUCGGCGAACCUGGUGGGUUUCGCGGUAGGGUUGGAUGGGCUGGAGAGUAUUGUGAAGGGAAUCUUCAGGGAUUAUUCAGGCCUUGUAUUCCUUGUUACGGCAUGCUCGGCGCUGUUUGUUGGUAUACAGGUCAUGUUUGAGAUACGACAGUCGGAGUAUAGGCGGGGGAUCAACUUGAAGUGUUGA